AUGCUGGGCUGCUCAGUAGUGGCCGGACUUGAUGAAUCCGCCGUGGGAAAGUCCCAGACAGUCAUUACUAAUUACCCGCAAUUUGACCCUAAAGCUGCAACUAUGAUCUCGGCCUUUCUUCUCGGACUCGCGGUGGUGGGCGACUUGGCCUGGGCCUCACCCCCUCCCAUCCACCUCCAGGCUCGCCAAGCAGAUCCUCGGUGCAACGCCGCGACCUUUACCGGCUCCCCCAGCUGGCCAACCUACGCGACAAUCGCCACGGGGCCCGAGACGGUCAACAUCAGCGUGACCCGCACCGCUUGCAACAUGACCGUGUCUCUCCGUCCGCCUGGGUCCACCAACAACUUCACCAUCGGCAUCGCCCUGCCUGACAGGACCGUCUGGCAGAACAGCUCCUCGAGGUUCCUCGCGGUCGGCAAUGGCGCCUACGUCCCCGCGAUUCCAUACUUUGACAUCAUCUACGGAGCCGCCCUGGGCUUUGCCACCGCGGGCACCGACACAGGGCACGCCGGCUACGAUCCCUUAGACUUGUCGUGGGCUGAAGACCCGGACAAGCUCAUCGACUUUGCCUACCGCUCCAUGGACUACACAGUCAGCUUCGGCAAGAUAUUGACGCGUAUUUUUUACGAGACUGAAACCCUGGGCAGGGCCUACUAUGCUGGCUGCUCCACAGGAGGCCGUCAGGGGCUCAAGCAGGUGCAGGACCACCCGGACAGCGUCGACGGCGCGCUCAUCGGCGCCCCUGCCUGGGAUCACAAGCACUAUCUCCCAUGGGUCGGCAAGGUCGGGUCCUACCAGGUCGACCUGCCCGACGCGGACCGUCUCAACAAGCCCUGGCAGUUGCGCCUGCUGACCGACCUGGCAAUCGGCACUUGCGACGUACAGGCCGCGGGCGACCCCGUGGAUGGCGUCAUCAGCCACCCGGAAGCCUGCAACCCUAACCUCGACUCCCUCCUCUGCGGCGAGGGCCAAGUUGGCAACGAGACGAACCCAUGCCUGACUCCCGUACAGAUCGACAUCGCUAGAAAGAUGUACACCGACUACCGCCUCGACGACGGCACUUUCGUCUACGAGGGCUUCUACCCAGGCUCGGAGCAGGACUGGAUCAAUCUGACGAGCGACCUCGCCCUCACGCGCUUCGACACGCAGUACCAGCAGCACUUUCUCAACCGCAGCGACCCUCUCAACCCGCCGAUCCAGAACUGGACGCGUUACGAGGACAACAUCGCACGCAUCUCUGCGCGGCAGGACCCGGGCAACGUGACAGCCGACAACUUCUCCGGCUUCGCGGCCUACCGCGGCAAGAUCCUCAUGUACCACGGGCAAGGGGACGGCGUGAUCCCGUCCGCGGGCAGCGACCGGCUGUACCGAUCCGCGCGGCAGGCGGUGACGGGGUCUGAAGCCGGCGACAUCACGUCCUUCUUCCGCUUCUUCCAGGUGCCCAACAUGCGGCACUGCUUCUCGAGCGCGCCCGACGAACGCGCGCCCUGGUGGUUCGGCGCAGCCAACCAGGUCGGCGUGCCGAUCGAGUUCGUGUCGCCGCCGGCGCUGCUCACGGGGGCCGAGAACGCGCUGGUGGCGCUGGUGGACUGGGUCGAGGGUAGGAGUCAAGGGCCCGGGCAGAUCGUGACGACGAGCUUUAGUAACGUCACGGGGGCGAUUUAUGCGCAGAGGCCCGUGUGUUUGUUUGAUCGUAAGGCGGCGUAUCUUGGUGGAGAUCUGAAUGUGACGACGAGCUGGACUUGCGAUCAACCUGGGUUGUUGGUGCAAUGA